CCCACAACGUGGGGCCCUGCCCACAGGCCGCUCCACACAGCGGUUCCCCUGCCAGAAGCCCGCCCCUGCCCACCGCAGCCGCUGCGGGGCCGCCCUCUGUGGCCCCGGCGUUGCAAUGGCUGGGGGUCGCGGGGCUCCCGGGCGCGGCCGGGAGGAGGCUCCGGACAGCUACCCGCAGCGACAGGACCACGAGCUGCAGGCCCUGGAGGCCAUCUACGGCGCCGACUUCCAGGACCUGCGGCCGGAUGCGUGCGGACCGGUCAAAGAGCCCCCUGAAAUCAAUUUAGUUCUGUACCCCCAGGGUCUGGCUGGUGAAGAAGCAUAUGUAAAAGUGGAUUUGAGGGUUAAAUGCCCACCGACCUACCCAGAUGUAGUCCCUGAAAUAGAGUUAAAAAAUGCCAAAGGUCUGUCCAAUGAGAGUGUUAAUUUAUUAAAAUCUCGCCUGGAUGAAGUGGCCAAGAAGCAUUGUGGAGAGGUGAUGAUAUUUGAACUGGCUUACCAUGUGCAAUCAUUUCUCAACGAACAUAACAAGCCCCCUCCCAAGUCUUUUCAUGAAGAAAUGCUGGAAAGGCGGGCUCAGGAGGAGCAGCAGAGGCUGUUAGAGGCCAAGCGGAAAGAGGAGCAGGAGCAACGUGAAAUCCUUCAUGAGAUUCAGAGAAGGAAAGAAGAGAUCAAAGAAGAGAAAAAAAGGAAAGAAAUGGCCAAGCAGGAACGUUUGGAAAUUGCUAGUUUUUCAAACCAAGAUCAUAUCUCUAGGAAGGACCCAGGAGGACACAGAACAGCUGCUGUUCCACAUGGAGGCUCUCCCGACUUUGUAGGAAACGGUAAACAUCGGACCAACUCCUCUGGAAGAUCUAGGCGAGAGCGGCAGUAUUCUGUAUGUAAUAGUGAAGAUUCUCCUGGCUCUUGUGAAAUCCUGUAUUUCUCUAUGGGUAAUACUGAUCAGCUCAUGGUGCACAAAGGAAAAUGUAUUGCCUGUGAUGAACAGCUGGGAAAACUAGUCUACAAUGCUUUGGAAACAGCCACGGGCAGCUUCGCCAUGUUGUAUGAGUGGGUCCUUCAGUGGCAGAAAAAAAUCGGUCCUUUCCUUACCAAUCACGAAAAAGAGAAGAUUGAUAAGUGCAAAAAACAGAUCCAAGGGGCAGAAACAGAAUUCAACUCACUGGUAAAAUUGAGCCAUCCCAAUGUAGUACGCUACUUCGCAAUGAAUAUCCGAGAGCAAGACGACUCCAUCGUGGUGCACAUUUUGGUGGAGCACUUCAAUGGGGUCUCCCUUGCUGCACACCUGAGCCACACAGGCCCCAUCCCUGUGCCUCUGCUUCGCAAGUACGCAGCUCAGCUCUUGUCGGGCCUCGAUUAUUUGCACAGCAAUUCCGUGGUGCACAAGGUUCUGGGUACCUCGAGUGUCUUGGUGGACGCAGAGGGCACUAUCAAGAUUACAGACUACAGCAUUUCUAAGCGCCUCGCAGACAUUUGCAAGGAGGAUGUGUUUGAGCAAACUCGGGUUCGUUUUAGUGACAGUGCUCUGCCUUAUAAAAUGGGGAAGAAAGGGGAUGUUUGGCACCUUGGCCUUUUGCUGCUCUCUCUCAGCCAAGGACAAGAAUGUGGAGAGUACCCUGUGACCAUCCCUCGUGACUUACCUGCUGACUUUCAGGAUUUUCUAAAGAAAUGUGUUUGCCUGGAUGACAAGGAAAGAUGGAGUCCUCAGCAGCUGUUGAAACACAGCUUUAUAAAUCCUCAGCCAAAAAAGUCUUUACUGGAACAAAGUCCUGAAGAUUUUGGAAGACAAGAUUACAUUGAGACUGUUAUUCCUAGCAACCAGCUACCUGGUGCUGCAUUCUUCAGUGAGACACAGAGGCAGUUUUCCCGCUAUUUCAAUGAGUUUGAAGAAUUACAGCUUCUCGGCAAAGGAGCUUUUGGAGCUGUCAUCAAGGUGCAGAACAAGCUGGACGGCUGCUGCUACGCGGUGAAGCGCAUCCCCAUCAACCCGGCCAGCAGGCACUUCCGCAGGAUCAAGGGCGAGGUGACGCUGCUGUCGCGCCUGCACCAUGAGAACAUCGUGCGCUACUACAACGCCUGGAUCGAGAAGCACGAGCGGCUGGUGGGCCCGAGCACUUCGCCCGAGGACACAGACCCCGAGGCCCGGGACAGCCGAGCGGUGUCCAGGCCAGGGCUGGGCGGCAGUGGCGCGGCCGGCCCGGACAGUGUGGAGGCGGCCGCGCCGCCGCCCAUCCUCACCAGCGCGGUGGAGUGGAGCACUUCGGCGGAGCGCUCAGCCGCAGGCCAGGGCUCCAGCAGCGACGAGGACGAGGACGAGCAUGACGGUGUCUUCUCACAGUCCUUCUUACCUGCUUCAGAUUCUGAAAGUGAUAUCAUCUUUGACAAUGAAGAUGAGAACAGUAAAAGCCAGAAUCAGGAUGAAGACUGCAAUGGGAAGAACAGUUGCCAUGAGAGUGAGUUAUCAGUGACCACAGAAGCUGUGCACUACCUCUAUAUCCAGAUGGAGUACUGUGAAAAGAGCACCUUACGUGACACCAUCGACCAGGGACUGUAUCAAGACACCAACAGACUCUGGAGGCUUUUCCGAGAGAUUCUGGAUGGACUGGCUUAUAUCCAUGAGAAAGGAAUGAUCCACCGGGAUUUGAAGCCUGUCAACAUUUUUUUGGAUUCUGAUGACCACGUAAAAAUAGGUGAUUUUGGUUUGGCGACAGACCAUCUACCCUUUGCUGCUGACGGCAAACAAGAUGAUGCAGCUGGAGAUCACUUAAUUAAAUCAGACCCUUCAGGCCAUUUGACUGGGAUGGUUGGCACUGCACUGUAUGUAAGCCCAGAAGUCCAAGGAAGCACCAAAUCUGCAUACAACCAGAAAGUGGAUCUCUUCAGCCUGGGAAUCAUCUUCUUUGAGAUGUCCUAUUACCCUAUGGUCACGGCCUCAGAAAGGGUCUUUGUUCUCAACCAACUCAGAGAUCCUACUUCGCCCAAGUUUCCAGAAGACUUCGAUGAUGAAGAGCAUACAAAGCAGAAAUCUGUCAUCUCCUGGCUGUUGAACCACGAUCCAGCAAAGCGGCCCACAGCCACAGAACUGCUCAAGAGUGAGCUGCUGCCCCCACCGCAGAUGGAGGAGUCUGAGCUGCACGAGGUGCUGCACCACACCCUGGCCAACGUGGACGGGAAGGCCUAUCGCACCAUGAUGGCCCAGAUCUUCUCCCAGCGCAUCCCCCCUGCCAUUGACUACACCUAUGACAGCGACAUACUGAAGGGCAACUUUUCAAUCCGUAUAGCCAAGAUGCAGCAGCAUGUGUGUGAGACUAUCAUCCGCAUCUUUAAAAGACACGGAGCUGUCCAGUUGUGUACCCCACUACUGCUUCCCCGAAACAGGCAAAUAUAUGAGCACAACGAAGCCGCCUUAUUCAUGGACCACAGCGGGAUGCUGGUGAUGCUUCCUUUCGACCUGCGGGUUCCUUUUGCAAGAUAUGUGGCAAGAAAUAAUAUAUUGAAUUUAAAACGAUACUGCAUAGAACGUGUGUUCAGACCUCGCAAAUUAGACCGAUUUCAUCCCAAAGAACUUCUGGAAUGUGCGUUUGAUAUCGUCACCUCCACCACCAACAGCUCUCUGCCCGCUGCUGAAGUCAUCUACACUAUCUAUGAAAUCAUCCAAGAGUUCCCAGCCCUUCAGGAAAGAAAUUACAGUAUUUACUUGAACCAUACCAUGUUAUUGAAAGCAAUACUCUUACACUGUGGGAUCCCAGAAGAUAAACUCAGUCAAGUCUACAUUAUUCUGUAUGAUGCCGUGACAGAAAAGCUGACGAGGAGAGAAGUGGAAGCUAAAUUUUGUAAUCUGUCUUUGUCUCCUAAUAGUCUGUGUCGACUCUACAGAUUUAUUGAGCAGAAGGGAGAUUUGCAAGAUCUAACACCAACAAUAAAUUCAUUAAUAAAACAGAAAACAGGCGUUGCCCAACUGGUGAAGUAUGGCUUAAAAGAUCUAGAGGAGGUUGUUGGGCUGUUGAAGAAACUUGGCAUAAAGUUACAGGUCUUGAUCAAUUUGGGCUUGGUUUACAAGGUGCAGCAGCACAGCGGGAUCAUCUUCCAGUUUGUGGCGUUCAUCAAACGGAGGCAAAGGGCUAUCCCUGAAAUCCUUGCAGCUGGUGGCAGAUACGACCUGCUGAUUCCCCAGUUUAGAGGACCACAGGCUCUGGGGCCAGUUCCCACUGCCAUUGGGGUCAGCAUAGCAAUAGACAAGAUAUCUGCUGCUGUCCUCAACAUGGAAGAACCUGUUUCAAUAAGCUCUUGUGACCUCCUGGUCGUAAGUGUUGGCCAGAUGUCCAUGUCCAGGGCCAUCAACAUAACCCAGAAACUCUGGACGGCGGGAAUCACAGCAGAAAUCAUGUAUGACUGGUCACAGUCCCAAGAGGAACUACAGGAGUACUGCCGACAUCAUGAAAUCACCUAUGUGGCCCUUGUGUCAGAUAAAGAAGGAAGCCAUGUCAAGGUUAAGUCUUUUGAGAAGGAAAGGCAAACAGAGAAGCGUGUGCUGGAGUCUGAUCUUGUGGACCAUGUUAUGCAGAAACUGAGGACUAAAGUGAAUGAUGAAAGGACUAUCAGAGAAGCUUCCGAUAAUCUCGCAGUACAAAAUCUGAAGGGGUCAUUUUCUAAUGCUUCAGGUCUGUUUGAAAUCCAUGGAGCAGCCGCUGUUCCCACUGUGACUGUGAUAGCCCCGGAGAAGCUGUCAGCCAGCACUAAGCGGCGAUAUGAGACUCAGGUACAAACCCGACUUCAGACCUCCCUUGCCAACUUACAUCAGAAAAGCAGUGAAAUUGAAAUUUUGGCUGUGGAUCUACCCAAAGAAACAAUCUUACAGUGUUUAUCAUUAGAGUGGGAUGCUGAUGAACAGGCAUUUAACACAACUGUGAAGCAGCUGCUGUCACGCCUGCCAAAGCAAAGAUACCUGAAAGUAGUCUGUGAUGAAAUUUAUAACAUCAAAGUAGGAAAAAAGGUGUCCGUGCUAUUCCUGUAUAGCUACAGAGAUGACUACUACAGAAUCUUAUUUUAAUCCUAGAGAACAGUCAUUACAUUGUUCAGACAGGAACUGUAAAAUGUUGUACAUUCAUUGUAAUUUUAAAUUAACUUUACAUUCUAAGAAGCUGUCACGCAAAGUGGAGCUUUAUAAGUUUUUCAUUUGUAAUAUAUAUAUAUAAAUUUAUCUUUUGCAAUAUAAUAAAUGCUUUCAUAUA